AUGAGAAAACGACGUUGGCCACAAAAAAGUGCCGAAUUUUUACUUGGGCUUUUGAGAAAUGCACAAAGCAAUGCAGAGAUUAAACAAUUAGAUAUUGAUAACUUAGUUAUUACUCAUAUUCAAGUAAACCAAGCUCCCAAACAAAGACGAAGAACUUAUAGAGCUCACGGCCGUAUAAAUCCUUAUAUGAGUAAUCCAUGUCAUAUUGAAAUUAUUGUUACAGAAAAAGUUGCUCAAGUAAAACGUGAAGAUGACGGUGCCAAGAAAGUUCAAAGAUUAAAUACUAGACAAAUUGCCAAAAGGAGAAUAAUGGGAACAACAAAAUAA